GGAAACCAGAAGACAUCGAGCUGUACAGAUGUAUUUGCAUUUAACCUAUAAUGUACUAAUGCAUGUUUUCAAUCCUCUCCAAGUAUUUACCUGACAAUGUAAAUGCUAUGCAAAUCAUUAUACUGUAUUAUUGAGGAAAUUUCGGCAAGGGGAAAAGGUCUGUGCAGCUGGCUGGCUCCACAGAUGCGAAAUUGGAAGACAGAAACCAUUGUCAAAUGUUAAGGCUGAUGGCAUCAAACUAUACCACUUAGGCAAGAAUGACCUCCCCAAGGCUGGCAUAUGCCGUCACACUUGGCCUUUUGUCCCAGGCUUCAGCCUCCUGAAUACUGGGGUUUUAGGCGUGAGCCACCACACCUGGUUGCUUUAUUAGCCUUUUAGGUCGGAAUUUAGGAAAUCUUGUUAAGCUUAUUUAUUAGGUGGGAAGAUCAAGGCCCAGAGACGUCCGGUAACUAUGUAAGAUCGUUGUACCCAGGACCUGUCUCUUGCAUCGCCUUGAUCUUGUCUUCUUUCAUACCCUGCUUCCCAGAGGAAUUUCUUUCUCUUCUAGAUACCAGGCGUUUAGGACUGUCAGCCUCCUUGUGCCUGUUGAAAACAAAGACAAAAUCCCUACAUCCUAGGUGGUCAAGGGCUCAAAUGGGAUGAUUGUGUAUGUUGUCCUAAUGUUCUUCCGACUCCAGGGUCCUGUGCCUUGCUUCUUAGGGGAUUGCCAUUAUUUUCCUGCAGGGGUGGUCCGUCUUAUCGGAAUGUCUCAUUUUCUGGCUUGACACUCUUUAGAUACACUUAAAGGGUCAGGAGUAUUAGGUGCCUUCUAAGUUCCUUUAGACAAGUGAGCUUAACCCUGGAAGGAAGAAUCCUAGGUCUGGUGUGGUCAGUGUGGUGUUAAGCAGGUACCUGGAACUUCCUGUGUCCCUGCGUGUUGCGGGUCUGCCCCCAGUGAGGUAUGUAUAUGGAUGGACACAUGGUGGGGGGCCUGUGAGUUGUGCUUCUUUAUGAGGUAUGCUUGGAUAUGGCUGUGUGAAUCCUUACUCAUCUGCCCGCAGGGGCAGACCAGGAAGCAUCCAUGUAACCUUGACUGUGUAAGUGUAUUCUCGAGUCUUCUCACUGGAUACUUCCUUGGGUUCUGAAGGUUGGGAUGGGAACAACCAGGGUGCUUGUGAAUCCCCGUGCUGGAACCAGCUUUGCACGUGGUUUUCCUGACCCUUGGGGUGAGCUGGGUCCAUGGGAGUUCUAGAUACUUGAUAUCCCCAAGAAUGAUAAAAGACUUGUCAUAGAGGGUAUUUUUUGUUUGUUUGUUUGUUUUUUAAAACAGGGUCUUGCUAUGUAGCCCUGGCUGGCCUGGAACUAACUCUCUAUGAAGCUCAGGCUGGCUUCAAACUUGUACUUAUCCUCUUGCCUCUGUCUUCCAAGUACUGGAAUUCCAGGUGUGUGUCACUGUACCUAGCAUGACUGUGAAACCCAGGGCUUCCUACAUGCUAAGCCAGCGCUUCACCCAGAGCCACACUCUAGCCCUUGCUGGUUUUCAUAUUCUUUUAUUUUUUUCUAUUUUUGAUACAUACCAUAUAUACUAUAAAUAAAUAUUAAGCGUACAGCUAACUCUCCACUUAUUCAUGACUUUGGGUUUGGUGCAGAGAUGGAAUCCAGCACCUUCUGCACGCUACCUUUGUACUACACCUCAAGCAUCAUACAGUUCUGAAAAAAGUGUAAGGGAACCAGAUGUGCUGGUGAUGCUUAUACUCCCAGCUAUUAGAGAGGCAGAGGCAGGGGGAUUGCAAGUUCAAGACUACAGAGUGAGUUCCAGAUUAGCCUGGGAAACUUAGUGAUUGAUACCCUGUCUCAAAAUAAAAAAAUAAAAAGAGAGCUGGGGUGUAGCUCAGUAUGGGGCAUUUGGCUGGCACGUUUGAGGUCCUAGGUUCAAUCCCUAGGACUGCAGAAAUAUAAGAGGAAUCAAAUCAAUAAGAAAAAGAAAUAGGGUGGAGGAUUUGCCUCAGUGAUGCUUGCCGCCUGCAGAGUGAAGGGACUGGGUUUGUUCUAUCUGUCUGUCUGUUUGUCUACCUACCUACCCUACCUACCUACCUACCUACCUACCUACCUACCUACCUACCUAUCCAUCUAUCUGAAACAGGGUCUCACUAUAUAGCACUGACUGUCCUGGAAAUCAUUAUGUAGACCAGGCUGGCUUCAAGCAGAGAUCUGCCUACCUCUGCCUCCCAAGUGGUAUGUGCCACUAUGCAUGGCUAGGGCUUAGGUUCUAAUUCCAUCAUGGCAAAAAUACCAAAACUAACCAAUCAAAACACCACAAACAAAUACGCCCCAAAGGCUAUAAAGGACUCUGUCUCAGCUCUGCUUUCUAGCAGUUGUGUUCCUCCUGAAGGGAGACACCAAUAGGAGCUUUUGUUUUGUUUUAUUUUGUUUUGUUUUUUUAGUUUUUCUCUGUGUAGCUUUGGAGCUUGUCCUGAAACUUGCUAGGUAGCCCAGGCUGGCCUUGAACUCACAGAGAUCCUCCUGCCUUUGCCUAAGUGCUGGUACUAAAGAUGUGCACCACCACUGCCCAGCCACCAACAGAAACUUCUUGGAUCUUCUGCUUAGCAACUUGUUUUUCUUCUGACCCUGACUUGGUAGUGUUUGCAUUUUGUUUUUAUUUGUUUGUUUUUGUGUUUACACUGGGGAUUACACACACAGGGCAUCUUUGGUCUGAGAGCUCCUAAAGGUUACUCUCUCUGUGAGCAUCUGCCACAUUGGGACCUUGGCCAACACCCUAGCCUCCAGGACACACACACGUGCACACACAUGCAUGUGCACGUGUGUGCCCUAGCAGAGUCAGGGUAUAGGAAAGAGGCCUAUAAACGGCCCCUACCAGUAGAAAAGGCCCACAGUUGACAGUGCCGAGUGAGGUCAUUUCUGUGGGGCGCUCUGCUGUGACAGUGUCUCUUUUGGACAAGGGGUCUGUUAACUACUGUUCUUUGGGUCCUGAGGGUUGGCAGGCAGUAUUUAAAAAUCAUUGGCUUUGAAACUAAACUACUUAAGUCUGAAGCCUGCAAUUUACUAAGUGAAAAGCCUGGAGCAAUUCCUCAAACUUCUUAGCCUCAGUUUCCUUGUCUGUAAAGUGGGUAUAAAGGAUGGUGCCUGUGUGAUGAGGUGUGGUGAGGUGUAACUCACGGGAGGAAUGUAAAUAGCAUUGUAGCAACGAGUCUGGCAUGUGGCAACACUCCACUAAAUGACAGUGUCACUGCACACCGUCGUUAUUAGAUUGUGCCAAAGAAUGCUGCGGAGAAGCGGGGACAAAACCGUGAGCCGAUGGCCACGAGGAUUCGCCUGUGUGAAUCUUGGCCUGGAGGGGCCCGAGGGGCACACACGUGUGUCCUUGUCUCUGGAGUCCCGACUCUUCAGUGUCAUAUACUCCUGUGCCUUUGAUGGCAGACUGUGGCAAGUGGGCCCUCCCCCACCCUGCCACCCUUCUGCUUCUCUUCCCUUGCUCUGAAAAGAGAAGUACAAGUGAGUUCCCCCAAGGGGUCGGCCGCGCCCCUUCCUGUCUCCGCCCAACUGGCUGUCCCAGGCCAGUGGAGUAGUAGCCCGGUAGCAGGACAGCAGGUUGGGGUUGUCGGAGCUUGGGCUCGGAGAGCCUUGCUUGAGGCUCAGGCCCAGAGUUUUCCCACCUGCCCAGGCAGGCUGUUCCCUUCACGUUCUCUGCAGCUAUUUCAACAAGAGCCCCAGGAUGGUGAGGUGGUUUCAUCGGGACCUCAGUGGACCUGAUGCAGAGACCCUGCUCAAGGGCCGUGGAGUCCCUGGGAGCUUCCUGGCUCGGCCCAGUCGCAAGAACCAGGGUGACUUCUCCCUCUCAGUCAGGGUGGAUGACCAGGUGACCCAUAUUCGGAUCCAGAACUCGGGGGACUUCUAUGACCUGUACGGAGGGGAAAAGUUUGCGACGUUGACAGAGCUGGUGGAGUAUUACACACAGCAGCAAGGCAUCCUCCAGGACCGGGACGGCACCAUCAUCCACCUCAAGUACCCACUGAACUGCUCCGACCCCACCAGCGAGAGGUGGUACCAUGGCCACAUGUCUGGAGGGCAGGCAGAGACACUGCUGCAGGCCAAGGGCGAGCCCUGGACGUUUCUUGUGCGUGAGAGUCUCAGCCAGCCUGGUGAUUUCGUGCUGUCCGUGCUCAACGACCAGCCCAAAGCUGGCCCUGGCUCCCCGCUCAAGGUCACUCACAUCAAGGUUAUGUGUGAGGGAGGACGCUAUACUGUGGGUGGCUCAGAGACCUUUGACAGCCUCACAGACCUGGUGGAGCAUUUCAGGAAGACGGGCAUUGAGGAGGCCUCAGGUGCCUUUGUCUACCUGCGGCAGCCUUACUACGCCACUCGGGUAAACGCGGCCGACAUCGAGAACCGGGUCUUGGAACUGAACAAAAAGCAGGAGUCCGAGGACACAGCCAAGGCUGGCUUCUGGGAGGAGUUUGAGAGUCUGCAAAAGCAGGAGGUAAAAAACUUGCACCAGCGCCUGGAAGGGCAGCGGCCUGAGAACAAGAGCAAGAACCGCUACAAGAACAUUCUUCCCUUUGACCACAGCCGAGUGAUCCUGCAGGGACGAGACAGUAAAAUCCCUGGGUCCGACUACAUCAAUGCCAACUAUGUCAAGAACCAACUGCUAGGUCCAGAUGAGAACGCUAAGACCUACAUUGCCAGCCAGGGCUGUCUGGAGGCCACAGUCAAUGACUUCUGGCAGAUGACCUGGCAGGAGAACACCCGAAUCAUCGUCAUGACCACCCGUGAGGUGGAGAAAGGCCGGAACAAAUGUGUUCCAUACUGGCCAGAGGUGGGCACUCAGCGAGUCUACGGGCUCUACUCUGUGACCAACUGUGCGGAGCACGAUACAGCAGAAUACAAACUUCGCACUUUACAAAUCUCCCCGCUGGACAAUGGGGACCUGGUUCGGGAGAUAUGGCACUACCAGUACCUGAGCUGGCCUGACCAUGGGGUUCCCAGUGAGCCCGGGGGUGUCCUCAGCUUCCUGGACCAGAUCAACCAGCGACAGGAACGUUUGCCUCAUGCAGGGCCCAUCAUUGUACAUUGCAGUGCCGGCAUCGGCCGAACAGGCACGAUCAUCGUCAUUGACAUGCUCAUGGAGAGCAUCUCCACCAAGGGACUAGAUUGUGACAUUGACAUUCAGAAGACCAUCCAGAUGGUACGGGCACAGCGCUCUGGCAUGGUGCAGACGGAGGCGCAGUACAAGUUCAUUUACGUGGCCAUUGCCCAGUACAUUGAGACAACCAAGAAGAAGCUGGAGAUCAUACAAUCCCGGAAGGGUCAGGAGUCGGAGUAUGGGAAUAUCACCUACCCUCCCGCUAUGAGGAGUGCCCAUGCCAAGGCCUCCCGUACCUCCUCCAAACACAAGGAGGAGGUGUAUGAAAACGUGCAUAGCAAGAACAAGAAGGAAGAGAAAGUGAAGAAGCAGCGGUCAGCAGACAAGGAGAAGAGCAAAGGUUCCCUCAAGAGGAAGUGAACUGGGCACUCAUCUGCAGGUGGCCAUGCAUCAGCCUUAAUCCCUGCAGAGGCCUCCACUGGACAGAUCAAGACCUGUGGCCCACACCAGACCCUGGGACCACCCCCAUCAUUUUGUAAUUUAAAUGGCUAUGAUCCUCUGAACCUGUAUAUAACCCAGCAAGCCCCCAGGCGAAGCCAGAUUUCUAUUCUUGUAAAUAAAGCCCCUGGACCUCUG